CAUGAACGCCUCUGUCCUGCUGCUGUGCGAGGCCCCCUUCUGCUGCCAGUUCAUGGAGUUUGCGAACGCCGUGGCGGCCAAGGCGGACCGGCUGCGCUCCUGGCAGAAGGCCGUCUUCUACUGCGGGAUGGCAGUUGUUCCCAUCGUCAUCAGCCUGACCCUGACCACCCUGCUGGGCAACGCCAUCGCCUUCGCCACCGGAGUGCUGUAUGGGCUGUCCGCGCUGGGCAAAAAGGGCGACGCGAUCUCCUACGCCAGGAUCCAGCAACAGAGACAGCAGGUGGAUGAGGAGAAGCUCACGGACGCCCUGGAGGGGGAGCUGUGAGGGGGUCGGGGGGCUCUCCUGCCCCCGCUCGCCCCCUGGUCUGUGUGAGCGUGUGCCGAGGAGCGUGGACCCCGAGGGGUCUGGGGAGGAGCCCGUGUCUGGUUCUCUCAGCCCCUCUCGCUUGUCCCCACGCCUGGAGUCCUCCUCUCUCUGCCCCCCUUGCCCCGCCCUUGGCAUCACCCCGAGCCAAGCGCUGAGGGGCAGGGUGAGGGCCUCACCAGAGGCCGCAGGGCGAGCAGAAGGAGCCUCGGGUGACCAGCUGCAGGGCUCCGCACAGACAGCCCCCUGGCCCCGCUGUUCCCAGCUGGCCCGGCUUGGCCGGCCGCAGGCCAUGGGGUGGGUUUCAAGACUUCCUGUGGCUGGCAGGACCACCCACUGUGACCGGCUGGAGGCCUGGGAGGAGCUGCUCCUGGGGACGUCGGUCCCGUCUCCAGGCGGGGGCACGUCCACUCGGGCCUCCUGGCCCCCAGGCAGGAGCGUACCCCAUGAGCUGAGCUUCCUGGGCCGCUUCUGCCUGGCCGCCCCCGGCCUCCCACCACCACCCAGGCCCCACCAGUCUCCUCCGCGGGGACCCCCAGAUGCCCCUCCAGUGCCCCCGCCGGCAGCCAGCCCUGGCAGCCUGACCGCUGGCCGGGGCGUGCUCCGGCCCCUGGUCCCGUCACCGUGGACGAGCGCAGGAGCAGGCCUCUCUGCUGGGCCUGGCCGGCCCGGGCCAGCCGUUCACGGCUCUGGGGCUCUGCCCCUGCUACCCCCAGGGCCCUGGGCAGCUGCUCCCGCCUUCUGGAGCCAGCCCCAGGGCGGCACCCAAUCUUUGCUUCCAGAUGGACUUUCAUCUCUGGGGUUCGCUAGGGUUGGCGGCUGGGAGGCAGGCCCUGUCCCGGGGAUAGCAGCGUGCCCCCCACCCAGCAGCUCUCCAGGGAGCCCGGCCAGGCUGAGCUCCGGGGAAACAGGGCCUACAGUGCGGCUGGCCCCGCGGGACACGUGCCUUCAGGGGUCCUCCGGGACCACCUUCCUUAGGCCAGCGCCGGGGUCAGAGGGCUAUGAGCUGUAGGCCUCUCCAGGCCGGCAGGGUGUGCGUGUGUGUCUCCUGUGUGUGCCGUGGAUCAGACUGUCUACCUCCCUGGAGGAGCGAGGGCCCUGCCCAUCCUUCCUGGCUCAUCCUUCCCCAGGAGGUGGGGCUCUGGGGUCACUCCUGCCUCUGCUGGGUCUCCCUGCUGAUGUGGGGAGUCUCCUGCUGACUAGGGUCUCCCUGCUGACUGGGGUCUCCCUGUUGACAGGGUCUCCUUGCUGACAGGGCCUCCCUGCAGAUGGGGGUCUCUCUUCUGACUGGGGUCUCCUGGCUGCGGGAGGGAAGAGCUGGCUCUGUGUGGAGCAGGGUUGUGUCUCUGGCCUCUGAGGAAGCUGGCGGGUGUUGGGCAGGCCGUCCAGCCCCCGGGUCACAGGCCAGAGUGGGCAGGUCACCCGCCGAGGUGGCCAGGGCUCGCCCGCCCUGGGGUCUGGGCUCUGUCCCCCGCGGCCCUUGUUGACUCUCCGUGUCUGCCUUGCGUUUUGAGCAAUAAAGCCUGAUGGCGGUCUGUGUGCUCUC